AUGACAGAGACCACUCGGCCAGUAGGCCUCCUCUUCGACAUCGGCGGAGUCUGUGUCCUCUCCCCGUUCCAAGCCAUCCUCGACUACGAAAUCGCCAACAAGAUCCCCCAGGGCUGGGUAAACUUCAGCAUCUCCCGAACAUCCCCCAACGGCAGCUGGCACCGUCUCGAACGCGGCGAAGUCCAAAUCGACGCCGCCUUCUUCCAAGGAUUCAACCAAGACCUCAACAAUGCGGACCUAUGGCGGAAAUUUCACCAAAAACAGCAGACGCCCGGCGCCCUGCCCGCUCUUCCGCAGGUGGACGCCGAGUUCCUCUUCUGGGAAAUGAUGCGGAUAUCGCGGACGCCGGACCCUUACAUGGCGCCCGCGCUGAGGAAAUUAAAGGCCUCGGGGAAGUUUAUUUUGGGAGCAUUGUCGAAUACCGUGGUGUUUCCGGAUGGACAUCCUUAUAACGUCGAUGAGAGUGGGGUGAAGGGGCACUUUGAUUUCUUUAUCUCGUCCGCGCAUACGGGGCUCAGGAAGCCGGACCCGAAGAUCUAUCAGUUUGCCAUUCGGGAGAUGAAUCGGUUGGCGGGGGAGAAGGGGUUAGGAGAAGUUGGGGCUUCGGAUGUGGUUUUCUUUGAUGAUAUUGGGGAGAAUUUGAAGGGGGCUAAGAAGGCGGGGAUGAGGACUGUUAAGGUCCACCUGGGACGGACACAGGACGCUGUGAAGGAAUUGGAGAGGCUUACGGGGCUUGAGUUGUUGGAGGGUUCGGAUCGGGCGAGUCAUCCCACCAAUUUUCCUUUCCAUUCUUUCUUCAGCUCACGUCGACACCUCGGUUCUCAGCGGCAAACAGUCAAAAUGCCUUUCCACAAGGAAGUCAAGAACAGCGCUUACUACAGCCGCUACCAGACCAAGUACCGCCGUCGCAGAGAGGGCAAGACUGAUUACUAUGCCCGUAAGCGUCUGAUCACCCAGGCCAAGAACAAGUACAACGCUCCCAAGUACCGCCUCGUUGUCCGGUUCACCAACCGCGACAUCAUCACCCAGAUCGUCUACUCUGAGAUCUCCGGUGACAAGGUCUUCGCCUCCGCCUACUCUCACGAGCUCAAGCGCUAUGGCAUCACCAACGGUCUGACCAACUGGGCUGCCGCCUACGCCACCGGUCUCCUCCUUGCCCGCCGUACCCUCAAGAAGCUGGGCAUUGACGAGCAGUUCCCUGGUGUUGAGGAGGCCGAUGGUGAGUACACCCUCACUGAGGCCGCUGAGACCGACGAGGGCUCCCGCCGUCCCUUCAAGGCCUUCCUUGAUGUUGGUCUUGCCCGUACCUCCACUGGUGCCCGUGUCUUCGGUGCCAUGAAGGGUGCCUCUGACGGUGGUAUCUUCGUCCCUCACUCCGAGAGCCGCUUCCCCGGUUUCGACAUUGAGACUGAGGAGCUCGACGCUGAGACUCUCCGCAACUACAUCUUCGGUGGCCACGUCGCUGAGUACAUGGAGGGUCUUGCCGACGACGACGAGGAGCGUUACCGUGGUCAGUUCCACAAGUACCUCGAGAACGAGGUCGAGGCUGGUGACAUUGAGGACCUCUACACUGAGGCCCACAAGGCUAUCCGUGAGGACCCCUUCAAGAAGGAUGAGGAUGAGGAGCCCAAGAAGACCAAGGAGGAGUGGAAGGCCGAGAGCCAGAAGUACCGGAAGAAGAAGCUCACUCACGCCGAGCGCAAGGCUCGUGUUGAGCAGAAGAUCCGUGAGCUUGCUGCUUAAGUGUAAUGCUUAACGCGAUAGUCCACCGAAAAGUUUACUUCUCAGACAAAUACUAGGGGGAAUUAGGUUCUUUCUUGCCAACUUGGCGUUUCUGGUUUUGUAGAUUUGAUGAUUGUCACGACCUCAUGUUUAUCAGGGUUCUUCGGAGCAAUAAUUGGGUGUAUACCCCCGGCAAUUUUAUUAAUCGUUCAACAUGCUCCGAUGGACUGCCUUCGUAGAUGUAUUCGUUGUAACCUUUGCCAAGUACGAAGUCUUUUUGACAUCGAAUCUUUCCCUAGUUAAAAUCCUCUCAGUUUGGCUGUUCGGCCAAUUCUCCCCAAUACGCAUUUCGGAACCCUGAAGUGUCCCUUGAUAAAUACUAUGUAUAAG